GAUCCAGGACUUCAAGAUGACAGGAAGAGAGUUUCUUGAACUAGAUUCUCCACAGCAAAGACUAUCUUUGGAAAGAUUUAAGCGGAUGGAAGUCAUACAAAAGAUUUUCAAUGAGCUUCCUAAAGCAGAUCAGAAUCUCUGUAAUCAUGGAUCAUACUUCCUCGCAGCAAACUCAAGUUUAUGCGGUUUAGCAGCAAAUAACUUCUUCAGGAACAUCCUACACGUCAGAAGGGCUUCCUUGGUGUCUGCUUUACCAAUGGCUGUUAUUCCAUUUCUUUCAACAGCAGCGGUGUAUGAAGUCUUUGUGCGCGAGCCUUUAUUUGCAGGUGAGCUAAACUGUGAGGUCUGCGCUGUGGUCAGAGGAGGAUUAAUAGGGGCUGUUGUGGGUGGUCUCUAUCCUGUUUUCCUGGCUCUCCCUAUGAACGCAAGCCUCGCAGCCAGGUAUUCUUCAUCUCCCUUGCCAGGGAAAGAAAAUCUAUUACGCUUCUGGUUCAUGACUGCUCAGCCUAUCUUUAGAAAGAUGAGUUUGGGUGUACUCAUACAGGUUCUAACUGGAUUAUACCUUGCUACUAAACAUCACGGAAUAUAUGUCAAAAUACUGCAGCGGAUGCAUGCCAGCAGGGACCCUGAAGAGUUACAAGCCUGAAGUAAUUUUUCAAUUGCUUUGGAUAAGUAACCAUAAUAAAGAA